AUGGGAGUAUAAAUUUCUAGAUUAUGUAAAUAUUUUAGAGGAAGUGAUUCAAAAGUUUAUUAAUAAGAGAAUUCAGGAUCAAUUUCUUAAAAUAGAUCAAAAGUAUUUGUAUGGGAUAACUUUGAUGGGUAUGAUAUAGAACCAAAAAAGCAUUUUCAUCAUGCUGAGUCAAUAGUAAAAAUAGAAUGGAAGAAAGGAGAAUUGAUAGGAUAAGGAUCUUUUGGUAGAGUUUAUAAAUGUAUGGAUAUAAAGACAGGAAGAAUAUUAGCUGUAAAACAGAUUGAAUUAGGUUAUGUUGAUAAAGAAAGUUUGGAGUCGUUUCAUUAAGAAAUAAAAAUACUUAGUCGAUUGAAUCAUAAUAACAUAGUAAAAUAUUAUGGGUGUGACGAAGAUAAAAAUAAUUUGAGCAUUUUAUUAGAAUAUGUAGGAGGUACUAGUGCAUUAUAAAAUCAGGUGGCUCGAUUACCCACAUGAUGAAGAAAUUUAAGUUCAAUCUAAAAGAACCAGUGAUUCAGAAAUAUGUAACAGAUAUUCUCCAAGGUCUUGUUUAUUUACAUGAUGAGGGGAUCAUCCAUAGAGAUAUCAAGGGAGCAAAUAUUAUAGUUGAUACUAAAGGAAUCUGUAAAUUAGCAGACUUUGGAUGUAGUAUAAUAGGAUCGAAUGCAUAUUCAUUAAAGGGCACUCCCAAUUGGAUGGCACCAGAAGUAAUCAAUUCAUAAGAAACAGGCAGAUAUUCAGAUAUAUGGAGUCUAGGAUGUACCAUCAUUGAAAUAUUGACUGGUGAACCACCUUGGGGAAAAUUCUAAUCUCCAAUGUAGGCCUUAUUAACGAUAUCAUCUAAAUAAUGUUCACCCCCCAUUCCUAUUAAUAUAUCUUCAAAUCUAAAAGACUUUUUAGAUAAAUGUCUAUAAAUUGAUCAUAAAAAAAGAUGGUAAGCUAAAAAAUUAUUAAAUCAUCCAUUCAUAUCCACCAUUACUAAAAAAAUAUCUUCCAAAAAUGAAUUUUUUGUAUAUCAAUAAAAAUCAACUUAAGAACAUUUAAAUUUCGAUCUUCAUGUUGCACCAUAAUUAGGAGAUAUCAAAAAAGAUGAAGAAGAUUUAGGUAAAGAUUCUUAUCAAAUGGUCUUUUCUAAAUAAUCUUCAUAAAUUAGCGAUGAUAAACAUUUAUAGUAUUGA